AUUCUGUUUGCUGAUGGCACGGUGAGUAGGAGUCCUGAUUCUGGUCCUGUCCUACUACCACCUACAAUUCCAGAUAACAUGCAACCGUUACCAGAAUUGGAGCCUUUAUCUGAGACCAGCACUAAAAAAGGAAAAGGCAGUGACAGAAACAGUAUAUCACACCCAACCAAGGAUGAGUUGUUUGAAAAUACUGUUCAGGGUCUGGUUAAUUCUGAGCAACCUAAGGGGAACCAGGCAGGAACCUGGAUAACAACUACUCCAUCAGGCAUUCGAGUGGGCACUGAGGGAGCAAAGAGAAUGGAUCUGGAGCCACUCUUAAUCUAUCAGGCAACUGACCCAGCUGAUGGAACGCUUAUGACUGUACGAGAUGAUGACGUGAUAAUUGUUGAGAAGCUGGAUGGUAGCAGAGUCGUAGAUCAUGCUGAUGGAACUAGGAUCACAACUUUUUAUAAAAACUGCGAAGAAGUUUUUGUACCCAAGGAUGGUGAGGAAACAGAUGAACCCUCAGAAGCCACCACAAAGAAGGUGAAAUGUAUGCAAGUAGAGAAUCCUGAGUUUGCUACUGUUAUAACAAAUUGUGAGGAUGGUACCUGUUGUACUAUCUUUGGAGAUGGGACAUCUAUUAUAGCAAAGCCACAGGGAACAUACCAGGUUUUACCCAUCAAGACAGGCUCUCUUUUUAUUGAUGAGGAUUGCUCAGCAGUUUAUACCCAUGAAGUCUGCAAUUUCAUCAGCAAGAAAGAAGAGAAACAAGCAGGGAGAUACAUUAUGAAACACACUUCCAGCACUAUUUGUGAGAUGAUGGAUCCUGAAGGAAAUAUUUUCAAGGUCAUGGCUGAUGGCAGCACAAAUGUGUAUGUUCCCAGCAUUGGCUCUGACAAGGAGGAUGGAAGUUCAGCAGCAGUACUCCGAGAAGCUAACAAACCUAUUACUUACGAUGAGCAUGUCCCCAGGUUCUUCAUCAUCUACGCAGAUGGUUCUGGAACUGAGCUCCUGCGGAGUAAGGAGGUACAUGAGUAUCUAGCCAAGGCCUGUAGUGAUCCUGCUGUUGCUGUCUUGCAGGAUCCUGUACAAGAAUGUCCAGGUGUUUUAAGUAUUACUAUCCUCCGCCCUUUGGCUGAAGCCUCCCCCUGGAUAAUGAAGAAAGAACCAGAGAGUAUUGUUCCUCCAAAUCUUCAGUCAAGGACCCAGGACACGUUUUCUCCUCUUGAGAGGAAGAUCACAGGUCCCUCAGUGAGAACACAUAUUUGGAGGGGUCUCUGCAUUGGAUCCAAAGAGCAGACAUGCAUGCCAGUAUCUGUGCGAAAAUGUCCUAAUAAACUGCAAAUCCGUCAGCUAUUCCAGUAUGAGCCACUCAGUGAUGAACUAAGAGAAAAGCUGCAGCUUUCCCUCAAGGAAUAUAUAGACAACAUUUUAAAGCAGGAAAAUGAGCUGGAAGAGAUGAAUGUAAAAGAACCAAGAACAGAAGAGGAAAAGGAGCAUGCUGCAAGUCUCCUUGAACUGGUUACAACCUUCCCUGACUGGGAGAAGUCAACUCAAAAUCUCAGUGAUAGAGCUCACAUAAUGGAGCUCUAUGAACAGGCAGUGACUUCUCAUCGCCAGUGUCACACAGAAAAGACAGUCACUACGCAAAGAGAGAACCAACAGCAGAGGUUCAGCCCAGAAGGAGUAACACCAGUGUCCAAGUGGCAGAGCAGACUAGAAGAGCACAGGAAAGAACUUGAUGAAGAAAAGAAGACCUUAAUGGCAAUAAGAAACAAAAUAAUUCCUCCUUAUUUUGAAUCAGAAUUUGGCAAGGAGUUUUUCCGGAAAAAGUUCCCUGAUGUGGAAUCACUGUCUAUGGAACUUCCUCCAGUUCAAAGAAGAGAAAGUGGGAAUUUCCUUCUAGAGACAAUCAAAAAACCCAGUAGAGCAUCUGAAUGUUUCAAUACCAGGAGUGAUUCCUCACCUUCACCUGGCUUUCUACUGCAGGCUCAUUGCAAACAAAAUGAAGGUUCCAGCAGCACAACAGACCUAAACAAAGCUGCAAGAUCACAAGAGGCACCCUUUCAACAUAAAGUUCAGAGUCUGCUGGUGAAUGCUGCAGGACAGCCAAGAAAAGAGAAAGUGAAAUUACCAUCAUCCCUUCAGGGGAAAAAACCAAACUCAAUACCAAAUAAAAAGACAGAAGAUCCUGUCGCAGGAAAGGUCAACACAUCUUCUCUUGCAACAAGAAGACAGCAUCUCAGUGGCUUCCAUCUCAUUCCACCCAGAGUGAUGUUUGGAGUGCUAAAGGAAGGUUGCACUUAUGCAGUCACUGUGAUGCUGAAGAAUGUUGGUGUAAACUUUUCAAGGUUUCGGGUGAAGCAACCACCUCCACACACAGGACUGAGUGUGAUGUACAGACCAGGACCUGUAGCAGCAGGCUUGCAGGUUGAACUGGAGAUAGAGAUUUUUGCCAUGGUAAUUGGAGGGGAAGAUACUGGUGGCCUUGGAGAAGUUUCCCAUGAUAUUGAAAUAUUAACAGAAACAGAGACUCUUCUCCUGCCUGUGAGAGCAACUGUGUUAACCAACGACAUUUAUGAGUGCCGCCCACAAGGAUACCCCCAGGGUGGGAUGGCAGCAACAGCCCGGGCAGUUCCUACAAGCCCCAAGCCACGGUUCCGGAUUACACUACCCCGAAAGCUUUCUAGUUAA